UUUCUUAUACGGACUACAAACUAACGCCCAAAAUCAUUUUUCAUUUUUCACUUUAUAAUCGAUAAAACCCUCCUCAGGUCGCCGACUCUUACCCCAUUCAGGAUUUCUCUUCAUUUUUUCUCCAGGUCGCCACUCCUCCCGGCUCCAGGUAUUUCACUCUCAAGGUUUCUUUCUUUGAUAUCUCACGGAAGGGGAGCCUCGUGAAUGUCUAAUAUGGUGUGGCGUUGGCGUAAAAGUACUACCUCCAUAUGUAUGAUGGUUGCCGCCAGGGCUUAUCUUUGUCGUGAAGGAGCCUUCAAACUCCAAUGGAGACAUAUGGUAUGCUCCGCCAUUGAUAACUCUUAUCAGAACUAUCCACCAAAAGGAGAAUAUCCCCAAGGAGGAUAUCCGAAUCAGCAAAAUAUUAACCAGAGUAUCCACCAUCAGUAUGGAGGAGGAGGAGGAUAUCAGAAUCAGCGAAGCCCAAACCAAAGUGUCCACCACCACUAUGGAGGUGGAGGAGAAUAUCACAAUCAGCAAAAUCUGAACAAAAGUGUACACAAUCAAUAUGGAGGCGGAGAUGGAAACCAGAGCCAGCAAAAUCCAAACCAAAGUAUCCGCCAUGAAUAUGUAAGUGGAGGAGGAAAUCAAAGUCAGCAAAAUCCAAACCAAAGUAUCCACUAUCAAUAUGGAGGUGGAGGAGGAAAUCAGAGUCAGCAUUAUCCAAACCAAAGUACCCACGCUCAAUAUGGAGGUGGAGGAGGAAAUCAGAGUCAGCAUUAUCCAAACCAAGGUACCCGCCCUCAAUAUGGAGGUGGAGGAGGAUAUCCAACACAGCAAAAUCCAAACCAAAAUAUCCACCAUCAAUACAGAGGUGAGAAUGGGUGGAAUAAUCAAAUCAGGAAUGACAUGCCUCACCAGAAGGGUGAUGCCCGUGUUGUACCUCAGGAACAAUGGAGGCCCCGUGAAGCUCAGAAUGUCGAGCCGGCUCCUAGUGAUAAUACUACUUCUACUGCCAAUUUGAUGUCAUUGUGCAAAGGGGAGGGUGGUGCUAAGGUGAAGGAUGCGAUUGAAUUGAUGGAAAAGGGGGCAGUUGCGGAUACACAAUGUUUUGGAUUGCUUUUCGAGUCCUGUGGGAAGUCAAGGAAACUUGAGGAUGCAAAGUCAGUGCAUGACCACUUUUUGAGAUCAAAAUGCAGGGGUGAUCUCGUCUUGAACAACAAGGUCAUUGACAUGUACUCUAAGUGUUGGAGCAUGAUGGAUGCACGGAGGGUUUUCGAUCACAUGCCUGAGAGGAACAUAGAAACAUGGCAUCUGAUGAUCAACGGUUACGCAAUGAACGGGUUGGGCGAUGACGGGCUGUCGUUGUAUGAGCAGAUGAGGACAAAUGGGAUCCGGCCCAAUGACCAAACUUUCCUUGCUGUUUUUGAGGCCUGUGCCAGUGCUGAUGCAAUUGAUGAGGCAUUCAUACAUUUUGACACCAUGAAGGCCGAAUAUGAAAUCUCACCCACGAUUGAACAUUAUUUGGGUUUGUUGGGCGUGUUUGCAAAAUGCGGCCAUCUUGCUGAGGCUGAGGAAUUCAUCAAGGAACUCCCGUUUGAGCCCACAGCUGAUGUUUGGGAAGCUUUGAUGAAUUAUGCUCGGAUACAUGGAGACAUUGACCUUGAAGACCAUGCUGAACAGUUGUGGAAGGCUGCUGGGGGUAGUCCCCUUGAGGGGGGUAAGAUUGUCCCACCACCUCCAAAGAAGCAGUCGGUCAAUAUGCUUGAGGGUAAAAGCAGGGUGCUUGAGUUUCGUAGCCCCACACUAUACAAGGAUGAAGAGAAAAUGAGGGCAGCAAUGAAAGAGCAGGCAUAUGUGCCAGACACCAGGUAUGUUCUGCAUGAUAUUGAUCAAGAGGCAAAGGAGCAGGCAUUGCUUUAUCACAGUGAGCGCUUGGCGAUUGCCUACGGUCUCAUAAGCACCCCUGCCAGGACGCCUUUGCGUAUCAUCAAGAAUUUGCGUGUCUGCGGGGAUUGUCAUAAUGCAAUCAAGAUCAUGUCAAGGAUUGUUGGGAGAGAGUUGAUUGUUAGGGACAACAAACGUUUCCAUCACUUCAAGGAUGGAAAAUGCUCCUGUGGUGACUAUUGGUAAGUUAUUAUUAUCACAGCAAGCAAGAGAAAUGGGGUGAUUGGCCUUUUAACUAUUUCAAAGAAACAUCUUGAAGGCAGAGCUCUUCGCAAGGAUAUGCCAUCCUUUCGUGUUGAAAGGAUGUAGCAUACUUCGUAUAUGAUACCAAUGACCAUGUCAAGUGGCUUGUUCAGAGCGGGAUAUUGUUAACAUCAUUUUAGAGUACAUGGGGGCGCAUGUGUCUUAUAUAUUGCACAGUAUUCUCUGUUUUGUUUUUCUGCUGUCGACCUUCUUUAGUUAGUAACGAUUUUCACCUGGUGGUUAUUUUAAAAAAAAAACAAUCCCCCUUUUCAUUGGAAUGCUUUUGGUUCUGGGGUGAAUUGCAGUUUGCUAUCUCCCCUCUUCGACGGUUCGACCUUUGACUAAAGAUAUAAAAGAAUAUUGCUCUCUUAACGUGUGGAGAAUUGCACGUGGCUAAUUUUGCUACCAUUCUUCAAGUCCAUCCUUUUCAACUUUAUGGUACUCCG